AUGCGAUUCGUGACGCUGGGACUGUGGCUGGAUUUGAACGACCACAUGUUGUACCAUAGUCUUCCAGUUCUCCAUGCUGGCCGGGUACCACAAUCGGCUGCCGGGCUUUUUCGUCGAUUAGUCAGCAGCAGCACCAGCAGCAAUAACAUCGAUAUUAACAACGGCGGGAACCGGGCAGACGGAAAGAUCAACCUGUUUGGAAAAUCGCAGCAGAACAUUGUAAAGGUUGCCGAGGAGAUGAAUUUGCCAGCAUACCGCGGCAGACAAAUCUACGAAUGGAUCUACACAAAGGGCACAACUAUGUUCCAGGACAUGGCCAACCUACCACAAACCUUGCAGAAGGACUUGGAUAAAAAAUACUGCGUCGACUACGGCCGCGUUAUGGACAGCCAGCUGUCGAUCGAUGGCACGCGUAAGAUGCUUAUACAAUUCAACGGCGAUUCGAAGGCGACCGUCGAAGCAGUGUACAUUCCAGAGAUACAUCGCGGCACGCUCUGCGUGUCCUCGCAAGUUGGCUGCUCGCUAUCUUGCAAGUUCUGCCAUACAGGGACUCAGGCACUGUAUCGCAACUUGACAGCAGCAGACAUUGCCGGCCAAUAUAUGAUUGCAGCCUGGUUAUCCAAAGACUUUCCGCGCACUGUGAAUCAGCAACCGAACGUCUCCAACAUUGUAUUUAUGGGUCAGGGUGAGCCGCUUUACAAUUUCCGCAACGUGAGCAGUGCAAUCCGCGUUUUGACAGACAAAGAGGGCAUUGGUAUGGCGCCCUGGAGGAUCACAAUUUCUACAUCGGGCGUGGCGCCGCUGAUUCCUCGCAUUGCCUCAGAACUAAAGGUGGGUUUGGCAAUCUCUCUGCACUCGGCAGAUAAUGAUCUGCGCUCGGAGAUUAUGCCAAUCAACAAAACGUAUCCGCUGCCGUUGCUCAUGGACAGCUGUCGCGAGUUUACCAGGCUUGCCAGCCCCCAGAGCCGCCGCAUAACUUUUGAAUACGUAAUGCUAGACGGUGUGAACGAUUCUGACGCCGAUGCUCGCCGGCUGGUUGAUUUGAUUCAAGAUAUGCCCGCACAUGUCAACCUGAUUCCUUUUAAUCCUUGGCCUGGUAGCAUAUACCGCUCAUCAAGCUUGGACCGAGUGUCCGAGUUUUGCGGGUUGGUACGCAACCACGGUAUCCAUGCAUCAGUGCGGACGCCUCGUGGCGACGAUAUCUUGGCGGCAUGCGGGCAGCUGAAGAGCUCUCACGACAACAAGAAAUCCGCUGAGGGAUGAAUUGUCAAAGUUAUUUAUUAUAACCGAUUAUCUGUUAUUAGUAUUUUACUAUAUAAUGAUAUGUUUUAUAUGUUUUAGCAUUAAAUUGGCACAGUGUGGUGCUCCUCACCAUACAUUGAUGUCAAAUUCUAUAAUUGAAAUAUAAUUUU